CACGUGCUCGACGGUAGUGCUUCUCCCUUCUAUAAAUACGUUAACUCAAUUCAGUCAGUUCAUCAUUUCCCUCAUUUCUGCUUCAAUUUUUUUCAACGAAAAUAUCCACAGGUAUUUCCACGGAUUUCUACUUUCUCCAAAUCCACAGAUCCAUUUUCACCUAUGGCUCCAGUAGCAGCAGCAUCUUCAGAUUCUAUAAAGCCUAGAGAUGUUUGUGUUGUUGGUGUUGCACGUACUCCAAUGGGUGGAUUUCUUGGCUCUCUGUCAUCUUUAUCUGCCACCAAGCUUGGUUCGAUAGCCAUAGAAGCUGCUCUUAAAAGGGCAAAUGUUAAUCCAUCACUUGUGCAAGAAGUUUUCUUUGGCAAUGUACUCAGCGCGAAUUUGGGACAGGCUCCAGCUAGACAGGCUGCGCUAGGUGCAGGAAUUCCUAACUCGGUCAUAUGCACCACUGUUAACAAAGUUUGUGCAUCUGGGAUGAAAGCAACAAUGCUUGCCGCACAGAGCAUUCAGUUGGGCAUUAAUGAUGUUGUUGUGGCUGGUGGCAUGGAGAGCAUGUCUAAUGUACCUAAAUAUUUGGGAGAAGCAAGGAAAGGAUCUCGGCUUGGGCAUGAUACUCUUGUCGAUGGAAUGUUGAAAGAUGGACUAUGGGAUGUUUAUAGUGAUUGUGGCAUGGGCAGCUGUGCUGAAUUAUGUGCUGAGAAACAUGUUAUUACAAGGGAGGAGCAGGAUAACUUUGCUGUUCAAAGCUUUGAGCGUGGCAUUGCUGCUCAACAGGGUGGAGCCUUUGCAUGGGAAAUUGCUCCGGUUGAAGUUCCUGGGGGGAGGGGAAAGCCAUCCAUCAUAGUCGACAAGGAUGAAGGUCUAGGAAAGUUUGAUGCUGCAAAAUUGAGGAAGCUGCGACCAAGUUUCAAGGAUAAUGGAGGCACUGUUACUGCUGGCAAUGCCUCCAGUAUAAGUGAUGGUGCUGCUGCUUUAAUCCUAGUCAGUGGAGAAAAGGCACUUAAGCUGGGAUUGCAAGUGAUUGCAAAGAUUGCAGGAUAUGCAGAUGCUGCGCAGGCACCAGAGUUUUUCACAACAGCGCCAGCCCUUGCAAUACCCAAAGCCAUUUCAAAUGCUGGCUUGGAUGCUUCUCAAGUUGAUUACUACGAAAUCAAUGAAGCCUUUGCUGUUGUGGCUCUUGCAAAUCAGAAACUGCUUGACCUUAAUCCAGAGAAGGUUAAUGUGAAUGGUGGAGCUGUAUCCUUGGGACAUCCUUUGGGUUGCAGUGGAGCUCGUAUCUUGGUCACACUUUUGGGGGUUUUGAAGCAGAAAAAUGGGAAAUACGGAGUUGGUGGUGUUUGCAAUGGUGGUGGAGGUGCAUCUGCACUCGUUGUAGAGCUUCUGUAAGCGGUUUUAAAGUAGGUUCGAUAUUGUACGAUGUUGCGACCAUUUCUUUUUCGGGGGAUAAAUUCAUGCUCUGCCAAAACACAGUUUGAUGUUGUGCAAUUUUUAUUCCGCUCUCAAAUAAGUUAUGUAACGAAUGGAAUGUUUAAUUAGGUUUGAGAAGAAAUAUAUGUCCAAUGUAGAGUUUGAUUUUCCUUUUAAAGCUGUCUCUAGCAUAGAGAAUAAGGAAAUCUUUAUCAUUGGAUUCUCUGAACUUAGUUAACGUUGUGAUUCAAUUUAAUGUUAGUAGCUAAAAUGUUAGAUUUUCUCUACUCCAAUGGCAAAAUUGGCAAUGGAAUUUGAAUUUGUGGUUUUGUCCAA